UUACAGCGUCGCCACAGCACUCGCACGAGCGUACGUUUUUUUUUUAAUUAUAACCCAGUGGAGCGUACCCAGCGACAAACAAAGAGGAGCCUUGUCAGCCAAGAUUUCUCAAGAAUUUACCAACAGGUUUAAAUGAGCAACAAGGAUUGACCUAAAUCUGCAUCUCAAGAAAAAACUACUUGAUCCUGUGCCCAUUUGUUCUUAUGUAAUGGCAUAGACUUCUCUUAACCUGAACUCUGCUAUGGGAGAAAGCCAGUCAAGACAAAACGUUCUCCUAACCAUGGCAUCUACAGUAUAGGGGCCCUUUGGAAUAAAGACAAAAUAUCAGGUAAAAAUGCUGGUGAAAUCAAACAGCGAGUAUGACUCCUUCCUCUACUGGAGACAGCCCAUCUCAGCCCCGGACCUGUCCGAGCUGGAAGACCUGGGUGUGACCAACAGCAAGCCAACCAAGAAGAGCAAGAAGGCCACCAAGAAACAGAAUGCUGCCUUAGCCAAGCCAAGGAAGCAGCAAGAGGCACAGGAGGCUGAAUUGUCAGAGUACACCACCUUCAACUACUGGAGAGAGCCUAUCCCCAGCAUCGACCUCCUCGACUUCAACCUGCUUCUGUGAGAACCAUCCCCAUCUCAGCCUCCCAGUCAUAAGACCCUCCCUCUCCUCACACGGACCCUAUCUGGAUAAACAUGGAUUUUGUUAAGUUUCUGGUCCCAAGAAGAAGUACUGAAUCUGUAUUAGUCUGUACUGUGCAUUUUUGUUUAGGAUCCCGCC